UCUCGUAUGAAAAACACUAUACUACGAUUACUGUUGUGUCCGUAGUGACAGUUCAAGAAACAAAACACAAACAGCUGAUUCUUCAUUCGUUCUUGUUCGUUGUUUAUUGCCUACAUUAUUAUAGCCAUGAGUGCUGCGGAAGUGGAAAACAAACCGACAAACGCUCCGGAGCACUGCCCCGGUACAGAGAGUGAAAACGCUGGAAAAGCCUCUGCCUGUGCUGGCUGUCCGAAUCAGCAGAUAUGUGCUACCGGACCAAAGGGUCCGGAUCCUUCCAUUGCGUUGGUGAAGGAAAAGUUGAAAGAGGUGCGGAACAAGAUUCUGGUGCUGUCUGGCAAGGGUGGCGUAGGUAAGAGCACCGUGACGGCCCUGUUGAGUCGAGCAAUGGCACACCUCAACCCUGAACAAAACUAUGGCGUGCUGGAUGUUGAUAUAUGUGGGCCGUCCCAGCCCCGUGUACUGGGAGUGUUGGGCGAACAGGUGCACCAGUCCGGAUCCGGAUGGUCUCCGGUGUACGUGGAGGACAAUUUGAGUUUGAUGUCAAUCGGGUUCUUGUUGGGAAGUCCAGAUGAUGCAAUUAUUUGGCGUGGACCUAAGAAAAACGGCAUGAUUCGGCAGUUUUUGACUGAGGUCGAUUGGGGACAGCUCGAUUAUCUGGUGUUAGAUACGCCACCUGGGACAUCCGAUGAGCAUUUAUCGGCAACAACGUUUUUGAAGGAAACUGAUGGAAAUUGGGGAGCGGUGCUGGUGACAACGCCGCAGGAAGUGGCCUUGCUAGACGUACGGAAGGAAAUCACGUUCUGCAAAAAGAUGGGAAUUCCGGUAGUGGGAGUGGUGGAAAACAUGUCGGUGUUCGUGUGUCCCAAGUGCACCACGGAGUCUGACAUAUUUCCGGCCAAAACUGGUGGAGCGGAGAAGAUGUGCGAGGAAAUGGAUGUGGCUUAUCUGGGGAAGCUUCCGCUUGACCCGAGACUGGCCAAGAGCUGUGACGAAGGGAAAGAUUUCAUAACGGAACAUUCCAAGAGUCCAACGGUGAUCGCGCUGAAUCAGAUCGUUGCCAAAGUUCAGGAUUUUUUUGACAAGUGAGUUUUGUGUUUAUUUGUAUAUGUAAUGUAAUUGUUUAAAAUAA